AUGCAUUCGACCAUGACGUCGGAAGGGAAGGACGAGAUGCGGAAGAACGCAAGCCGAGAGGCGCACAACCGACGACAGGCGGCGGUGUUCGACUCAAAGGUGGCGUUCUUUUCUUCGCCGCAGGCGACUCCAAAAGAGCAAUUUCCGUCGUUGCGGCGCAUUGCGGAGGCGUGCCGCCCUAGCGCGGAGGGGGCCCCGCGGGUGGUGGACGCCGGGUGCGGGACCGGGGCCCUGGUCUCUUUCCUGAAGGAAGCCGGCGUGAAGGAGAGGGACGUUACAGGGGUAGACGUGUCUCCGGAGAUGGGCACCGUCUUCAAGGACCGGUUCCCGGAAUCGGAGAUCAUCACCGCCGAGUUCGUUAACUACGCUGACGAGUUCGUAUCUCUUCGGGAACGGCUGUCCGCCGUCGCCGCUGCCGGCGACGGCGCCGCCGCGGCUAAGGCCGGCGAAGCGGGCGGAGAAGGCGCCAAGGGUGCAGCGAAGGCGGCCGACGAGGAAGAGGAGGCCGGAGGCGUGGGGACGGUGGUGUUCAACGCGGUGUUCGGCAACCUUUGGGACCAGGGAGCGGCGCUUGAGCGAGCCGCGAACAUUCUUGAGGAAGGGGGAAAGGUCGUGAUAUCUCACCCGCUGGGGCGGGACUUUGUGAGCCGACUCAAGGCUGUCGACGACACGGUUGUUCCGCACGAGCUGCCGGAGCGAGACGCUCUGGAACGCUUGGUGCAGUUCCUGCCCUUGGUGAUCGAUUCGUUCGAGUCCGGGCCGGAGCUCUACCUCGCCGUACUGAGGAAGACGCCGCACAGGGCGUCGGGGAGGGUGCGGUACCUGAGAGGGACGGUAUCCACGGGGUACGGGCGUGGCAGCAAGAAGCUAGGAGUGCCGACGGCGAACCUACCCGAGUCCCAGUUCGCGGAGAACCUCCGGACUCUGCCCACUGGUGUGUACUUCGGCUGGGCCGCUCUCGAGGGUGCCGCGAACAAAGAGGGAGAAGGAGGUAAGGGCGAUGCGAGCGGCGGCGGUGGCGACGGCGGGGAGGGUCUUUGGAAGUGCGUUGCCAACGUCGGGUACUCACCGACCUUCGCCGGCCAGGAGAACGCGGAGAAGAUUGUGGAGGGCCACCUCAUCGGAUACGAAGGCGAGGAUUUCUACGGCAGGACCAUGAGGAUGUUGCUGGCGGGUUUCCAGCGGAGAGAAAAGAAGUUCGCGUCGUUCCCGGAACUGGUCGCCACCAUCAACAAGGAUGUCGGGGACGCGGCGAUGGCCCUGGAUGAGCCUCGGUUCUCCGCUUUCAAGGCGGAUGCGUUCUUCUCUGGAAUGCCGGCGGGGGCCGGGGAUCGGAGGACGACCGCGGAGGCGUGGUCCACGCGAGACUUUGAGGCGGCGAUGGAGGAAGCCGCCCGAGAAGCGGCCAAGUGAACAGGAGUGCUCUGCUGUAGGAGGGGAAGCGGCCGUUUUACUCCUCACGCCCCGCUCGCUUCCAGCACACGAAACUCACCCUCACAUAGCGUACUUCUUGUUGGCAACAGCAAAAGCAGCAACAUUGUAGCGUAGCGUUUGUACAUCUUCGGUUGUGACGCUGCCGGCCUUCUGUGAAGCCGUGUGUGUUUUACCUCUGUUUUUUUUUAUGUGAAUGUACGUCUUGGUUGCUGCAAUGCUUUAUAGAGUGUUCCAUUUUUGGGUUGAAAACUUCGGAUAGAGACGGGAAUGUGAUUCACAAUUC